CUUUGUUCUCUUCUUUCAGCCGGGCCCCUCGGAAAGAUCCGCACAGUUGAUGUGAAUCCUAUGGUGAGACUGAGACAUUAUGACAUCAGUAUCCAACAAAGGGAUUUUCCGUUUCCUGUUAUUGUCCAUCAUUAUUUUGGGCUGUUUUUUAGCUGCAUUGCUGUAUGUAAAACCAUCCAAUACCUGGAUUUAUGCUCCACUGGAAUUUGCCACAUCAGCACCAGGCGUGAAGAGUAUUUUUGGGACAGGUGCUGAGGAGAAUAAAACUAUUGUGCUGAUUUGGCUUUGGCCUUUCGGUCAGACAUUUGAGCUCGAUUCUUGUAAAUCGGAGUUUAACAUCCAUGACUGUCACUUGACUGUGAAUAGGAGCCUCUUUAACAAGUCGCACGCUGUCCUUUUCCAUCACAGAGACAUAACUGGGGACUUGUCCAAUUUGCCCACACAACCUCGGCCAAGGUUUCAGAAAUGGGUUUGGAUGAAUCUGGAGUCACCCACGCAUGCUCCAAAAAGGAUAGGACUCGACCAACUCUUCAACCUGACUUUGACAUAUCGGCGGGAUUCAGAUAUCCAGGUGCCUUAUGGGUGUCUAACAAUGAGCAAAGUCCCAAUAGAUUUUGAAUUGCCCAGUAAAAGCAAUCUUGUAUGUUGGGUUGUAAGCAACUGGAACUCUAACCAUGCCAGAGUGAAGUAUUAUAAUGAACUCUACAAAUAUAUUGAAAUCAACACAUAUGGGCAAGCCUUUGGGGAUCGCCUGAGCAAUGAAAAGUUGAUCCCUACAAUAUCUAAAUGUAAGUUCUAUCUUUCCUUUGAAAACUCAAUACAUGAGGAUUACAUAACUGAAAAGCUCUACAACGCCUUGCUUGCUGGCACUGUUCCUGUGGUCUUGGGGCCAUCGAGAAAAAACUAUGAAAAUUACAUUCCAGCCGAUUCCUUCAUUCAUGUGGAUGAUUUCAAAUCAGCUCAGGAACUUGCAGCUUACCUGAACAUGUUGAAUGAUAAUGAGGACUUGUACAUGAACUAUUUCAAAUGGAGAAAGUAUUACACAGUGCGGAUGACUCGUUUCUGGGAUGAACAUGCGUGUAACGUGUGUGAGAAUAUAAAACGACAUCAAGAAUAUCGAUCAUGUUCUAGUUUGGAAAACUGGUUUUGGGACUGAAUUUGAAAACAUGCCUCUGAUUACUGUUAUCAUCAGCAAUAUGGAAGUUCAUAGACAUGUUUCUCCAAAAAAUGUUUUUUGAUUAAUACUUUUGUUUGACCAAAAAAAUGCAUCUCUACCAUCUUAUCUAGUCUUCAUGCCUUUGACACCUCAGCAGUGGAUUUCUGAACAUCAUAUUCUCAUCUGAAAUUCGCUUCCAUUGGAAAUUGAAAUUGCUAUUCAAAUUGUUUUGGUUUAAAGAAACUUGACAUUGCCUUGCCAUGGCACUUGUAAUAAAAUGUUAGAAAUAAAACAAUCUUUAUUGAAAAUUAUGGACAAACUAUCCUGAACGACGCAUCUGAUACUCUAACUGGAAAAAUAUCAUUCAACUUUCAUUACAGAUAAAUGAGAGAAUGGAGAUGAGAAUUGGGAUGUCCCCAGAACGAGAACAGUCCCAAGAUUUGAUGUCUCCCUCUGAAUCCUCGUGCGGGCCAGUUGCCCAUUGAUGGAUAAAGGUGACCUCCCAGCCAAACAAAAUAGUCUUGUCAGGGGUCUUUGGGGUCAUUUUGCAACCUUGGUCACAGAGACACACCAGGCACAAUGGCAUUUUGAGAUCUGCAAGGGAGAAGAAGAUGCACAACACCAGAGCAUGAGGAACAGGACUGGAGGUGCUGUACCAAAACGUGGUUAUGCUGACUGCCAACAAGGAGGAGGUUCUGGCAUUGGCUACCAACAAAGGGUUCAAAAGUUGAAACAAAGGCUAAAGGAUGACCCAGGGAUCUUGAAAUUCAAGGGCACAUACCUACCAAUUCUGCAAACAUUGUUCAACAGGCUGGGGAGCUUGGGCUUUGGAAAAUGGGGAAACUGGUUGGAAGGUAGCAUCCAUGGUUUAUGAAUUUAGAAACUUGCAGAAUUCACAGUGGAAGGUAUGUUUUUAUUUUUAAGUGACAGGGAUUCAACCAUCUCCUGAUGGUUCCAGUUUUUCCAAUCAGGAAGUGCAUCUCUGCAAGCUCACCUCAGAGGAUGAAGAUGUUAAAUCCUAGUGCUCUUUUUUUGUUUCUAUCACAAGAUUGGCAGCUACAGAGAAAAGCCUCAAAGGACUGACGUUAAAGGUACAGCAUCAAUUUCCUUGCUGUAGACCUAACACAAGCACAACACAUGCAUUGCAUUUGGUGUGUGUGCUGCAGCUAUAAUGGGCACUCACACUGAUAAGAACACAUCACAACUGCAGGAGUAACUGCUGGAGACUGAGAUAGGAGAAGUCUCCAGCAGUCAGGGGGAUCCUGAAGUCAUCCUUAAUGAUAAAACCCAAGUUGUUGAUGAGCUUCUGAAGUCAUCUGUAGGUGGCAGACUCUGGACAUUCAGUGCAAGGUUUGUGAAGAUGUGGUAGAGAUAUAAGAGGACCUGCAUGUACUGACACAAACACUGGAGUUGUCCAUCUAAGAUGCUAUAAUCACCCACUCGAUGGAAUUCAAGUCUCCCUGCUGUGAGAGAUUUGCAUCUUCCAUAGAGGACCAUACGCAGUAGCACACUGAUGGGAAACAAGGUACAUGUCCUGACAUGCACUCCAUUACCUUGUCUCUAAACUGUGGGCCUCAGAGCCUGAGUGAGAAACAGAGAGGAGCUGGCAUCAUAUCUGCGCUCUAGCACUUCUUAGAAAAGCAAAGUAAGCCAAAAGAACAUUAUGGCAGCAGAUGAAUAGCCAUUUCUGAUGACUUCGCAGAGCAUCUCUACUCUAGACACAGAUGCCGUCAAGUACUAUGCAGACAGAUGAGCCUCCUGCCAUCGUGGAGAAAAGUCACAACACACCAGCGUCCCCACAGGCAAAAAGUGGACUGCCACCAAAGACAGCCCAUGCAAAGGGGCUCCAGCACAGUUGGCAGUCAGGGAGGGCACCAUACUGUAGCACCCAGAACAGAAAACCUGGCUGUCUUCACAGAUGGGUGCUGCCUUCUUUGUGAAAUGUGUACAUUGUUUUGAUUUGGUGUGAAUGUAAAUUAGUUUCCUUUCCAUAUGACAAGGGACAGAACAGUGGUUAGCACUGCUGCCUCAUAGCGCCAGGAACCUGGGUUCAAUUUGGCCUCAG